GAAACAUUGAUUUACGUGUAUCUGCGUAAGAAAUGUCAAAAUUUGUUUACGUUUACAUUUUAUUAAUUAGAUUAUUAUUUACAUAUUUAUAAAUGACAUGUUCUGGUUUUUAUCAGUUUUAUUUAUAAUUUUUUCUAAUUUUAUUAUUAUCACAAUAAGUUCAUUUGGCGAUAGAUCACAAUAUUAUGUUCUCUGUAUUAGUGAUUGUAAUUCAAAAAGCUGUCAAAUUGAUGGUGAAUUUAAACAAUAUCCCUCAUUUGAUUUACGUUUAUUAAAUUGGUCAUGCAGGGAUAAUUGUAGUUAUAAUUGUAUGUGGAAGACAGUUAAUUAUUUUACAACACAUGGACUCGAUGUACCACAAUUUCAUGGAAAGUGGCCGUUUAUUAGAAUAUAUGGUCUACAAGAGCCAGCAUCAGCAUUAUUUUCAUUAUUCAAUUUAUAUGAACACGUGACAAAGUAUUUGAAAUUUAGAAAAGAAUUAAAUUCCUCUUUUCCAAUGGUCAAUGUGUGGACAUAUUUCUUUACAAUUUGUACACAUGGUUGGCUUUGGUCAACAAUUUUUCAUGCCAAAGAUGAAUAUUUCACUGAAGUUAUGGAUUAUUCUUGUGCUUUCACUACUGUUUUAACUUUAUUUUAUUGUUUUAUAUUAAGAAUAAGUUAUCAAGAUACAUUGAAUAUUAAAAUAUUUUCUGCAACAACUUGUGCAUAUAUUGGCAUUCUUUUGAUGCAUUUAUCACAUUUAUGGUCGGGAAGAAUUAAUUAUGGAUAUAAUAUGAAAUUUAAUAUUGCAAUUGGUUUUAUUACUUUUGUUAUAACAAUGAUAUGGUGGUAUCGAAAUCGACGAAAAUUACCACAUGUCCAUUUAAUUGGUUGGUUUACUGUUUUAACUGUUACUGUUACUUUAUUAGAAGUAUUAGAUUUUCCUCCAAUUUUUUGGACUUUUGAUGCUCAUUCUUUAUGGCAUGCGGCAACAGUUCCACUUGUCAGUCUAUUUUAUAGAUUCAUAACUCUUGAUUGUUUCUAUUUAAGAAAUCAAUAUCUCAAAUUGGAUGAAAAAUAUUUGUUAUAAAAAAUUAUAUAAGAAAUUUUAUUUAUUGAGAGUAAACAAAAUUUUUUUGUUUUUAAAACAGAAAAUAUAUAAAUAUUUUAUUUUCACUAUUUUAGUGAAGUAAAUGAAAAUAAUAUAUAUUAUUAAUUUAAAAUUAAUAAUUCAGAACAAGAAUUUAAUUUAUUAAUAAAUUUUCAGUUUUUGAAAAAAAAAAUUGUUUUUUAUUAUAAAAGUUUAUUUGUACGAUAGUAUACAUUGAUUUUCUUUCACACGAUUGCAAUAGCAUAUAAAUAAAUUACAAAAAUCAUGCAGAAACUUGUAAAAUAUACUCAGUAUACAUUAAGUUUCUAUGUUUUGUUAUUAUAGUAUUUCAGUAAUAAAAUGUAAAAUUGUAUUUUAUUUAAAUAGUUGUAAUUUUUUUUUUUUUUAUCUAUAAUUUACAUUUCUUUUUUUGUGAAAAUGUAGAAAUAAAUAUUUUUUUAAACAGACAGUUUUGUUCUUUAAAAUAUUUUGGGCAGUGAAUACAGCUAUAUUAAAUUUUUUUUUUUUAAUAGUUUUCUCAAUUAUUUUAAGGUUAAUAUUAUAAUUAUAUUUUAAUCGGAAGACUGUAAAACAGAAUGAAAAAUUUUUCAAGGAAUGUUUCUGAUUUAGAAUUACAAUUUCUAAAAACUACAAUACGAUAACACUGCGUAAAAUUGAUUUCUGGAAAAAUAAACAAUUUUCUCUCUUCCUCUUUUUUUUUUGUAACUUCACUUUUUUUUUUAAGUACUAGUCUGUACAUUCUUAAUUUUCUUUUAGAAUAUAAUUUACACUUUCAAAAUAUUGUCUCGGAAGUUAAUAUUAAAAAUGUUUUAAAAAAAUCUUAAUGUAAAUAAAUAUAUAUCGCGAUAUUUUUUUUCGAGUUUAAUUAAGAGAUUAUAAUGUAAGAAAACGAUAAAAUUGGGUAAAAAUAUAAUUUAUCGAUUUUUUUUUUUAAAUACCUAAUUAAAAUUUUCUUAAAAAUUCAACCAUUUUUGAGUAAAAUCUAAUUUAGUAAAAAUAAAAGUAUAAUAGACUAUAAAACAAUAGAUUAAGCCGGAAGUACGUCGCCAUAUUUAAAUUUGCCUAAUUACCUUUACAUUUCACUAAGAAAUAUUUAUAUUUUUUUGCGACGUAAUUGCAAUACGAUAAAAAUUUUGUAAUACAAUUAGAUCUUAAAUUAAAAAUCAUUAAUCUCGCAGUCAAUAAAA